AUGCAAACAGCCAGGACCGCUUCCAUGCUUGUCAGAAGGGGAUGCGCCCUUCCUAUAACCAAACAGUGGAUCAGAUUCAAUUCCUCUCACCAAUCUCCAUUAGAUUCUACCAAAUUAGUCAUCGAAAGAACCAAAACCCCAAAACCAAAAAUCCCAAAGGAGAAAUUAGUGUUUGGGAAAACCUUCACCGAUCACAUGUUAGAGAUCGAAUGGACAAAACAACACGGUUGGGGAACCCCAACCAUCUCCCCAUAUCAUAAUCUAUCAUUAGACCCCUCCACAAUUGUCUUCCAUUAUGCAUUUGAAUUAUUCGAAGGUAUGAAAGCAUAUAGGGACACCAACAACCAAAUCAGAACAUUCAGAGGAGACAAAAACAUGAUUAGAAUGAAUACUUCGGCCCAAAGAAUCGCAUUACCUACUUUUGAUGGAGAAGAAUUACAGAAAUUGAUUGAUAAAUUAUUAAUUCUUGAUCAAGAUUUCGUACCGGAAGGAAAAGGAUAUUCACUCUAUUUAAGACCAACUAUGAUUGGAACAACAGCUUCCCUUGGGGUAGGUACUCCUGACCGUGCUUUGUUGUAUGUAAUUGCUUCACCUGUUGGUCCAUAUUAUUCGAGUGGAUUCAAGCCAGUUUCAUUGGAGGCUACUGACUAUGCAGUCAGAGCUUGGCCUGGUGGUGUGGGGGAUAAGAAAUUGGGUGCGAAUUAUGCGCCAUGUGUAUUACCACAAUUAGAAGCUGCCAAGAGAGGAUUCCACCAAAAUUUGUGGUUGUUUGGUGAAGAAGGAUAUAUUACAGAAGUGGGUACUAUGAAUGCAUUCUUUGUGUUCCAGGACGCGCAAACUAAAAAGAAGGAAUUAGUUACCGCACCCUUAGAUGGAACUAUAUUGGAAGGGGUUACUCGUGAUUCUAUUUUAGAAUUGGCAAGGGAAAGAUUACCUGCUUCAGAAUGGACUAUUUCUGAACGUAAAUAUACUAUUUAUGAAGUUGAAGAACGCGCAGCUAAAGGUGAAUUAGUAGAAGCAUUUGGAGCAGGAACUGCCGCAGUUGUUUCUCCAAUCAAUAAUAUUGGAUUCAAAGGAAAGGAUAUUGCAGUUCCUGUAAGUCUUGGUAAUUCUGGUGAAUUAACUGCUCAAGUCGCUGAAUGGAUUAGAAAGAUCCAAUACGGUGAAGAAUCUUAUAAGAAUUGGUCUAGAGUUGCACAAUAG